UUUCCUUAAAGAAAUACCAAAGAACAUGGCCGCUUGUCAAAAUGUGGUCUCUGAUGCAAAAUCAGCACAAAAACCGCCUGCACCACCCGGUUUUCUCUCCAUUUCACGCAAGAAAUUGCUUCAGAACCUUGAAAUCAGUGCAGGAGCAAGGGUUAGCGCAUGGGUCGAUUCCAUGAGAGCUUCUUCCCCAACUCAUAUUAAGUCUACACCUUUCAUUGCCGAUGAUGAAGGUUCCUUGAAUUUGCACCAUCCAUCGGCACUGGAUAUGUUCGAGCAGAUAAUAGAUGCUUCGAAAGGGAAAGAAAUAGUAAUGUUUUUAGAUUACGAUGGCACUCUUUCUCCGAUUGUUACAGAUCCAGAUUGA